AUGGAUAUUAAUGACGAUGCAAUUGUUUUAACUAUAACAAACACAGUACUAGGACAAAAGUCAUCAUUCUUAAGAAAACCAUGGCCAACAUACAGUCUACAAAAUAUGCCACAAACACGAUUCACAUGUCAUGACAAAAUACUUGGCGGUUAUUAUGCAGAUCCGGAGGCUCAAUGUCAGAUGUUUCAUGUCUGCGUUAAAGUUGCUGGAGUUGGGGUACAAGAUUUUCGUUUCUUAUGUCCAAAUGGUACGGCAUUUGAUCAAGAAGCUCAAAUUUGUGCCGAUUGGGGUGAUGUCGAUUGUGAGCAAUCUGUUCUCUACUAUGGUAGUGAUAAUUUUGAUCUCUACCGCUUGGGUUCUGGAUUUGAGAGUAAACGUGCUCCCUUGGCAGAGGAAGACGAGUCUACAUUCCAUUUACAAAGAGCUGAAAGUGGUGAUGUAAGACGUUUUAAAGAAACUCGUGUAGAUCAAAAGUCACGCCCCGAUCAACCACCUAAUUAUACAAAACACUUUGAAACUGUAACGCGUGGUACAUUUAAUAGCAACAGCAAUACGAAUAACAACAACAAUAAUUAUGCGAAUACACAGCAGCAACAACAACAACAUGUUAAGACGAAAAAACAAAAGCAACAAACGGAAGUAACAAAGAAACCCAUUGUCAGUUAUUAUACACCGACUUCAACAGCCACAACAAGAACUACAACAACGACGACCACAGAACGUAAUUACAAUGAUGAUUCAAAACAAGAUCUAGAUGACAUUUUCAAGGGUUCCCACAGCUCCCACUUCUUUUCUAAUCGCAAUGGUGGUCGGGAAGAUGACUUUUUAGAUCAUCCCGUAAAGCCAUCAUUAAAACCUAAUGAUUUUUCGGAUUUCAGUAAAAAAUCCGAAGCUUCUACAAUUGGUAAAUCUCGUGUUACACCCACCAGACCAAAACGUCCUUUGCAAACAACAACCACAUUAGCUAGUACCACAACUACUACUACGGCCACUCCCAAGACAGCCAAAAAAGUAACCCAGCACUCAUUUUACAAUACCGAUUUAUAUGACUAUACACAAUAUAGAAGCACUACUCCAGCCAGUACAUCCUUUUCUACUACUCUCGUUACAACACCCAGACCAGUACAGGGUCACAGUAACGCCAAUCGUUUCAAUGUUGGCAUUAACGACUAUCAAACCCAAGCUAAAAUACAACCCACUACCUAUAACCCCAAUCGUUAUAAGCCGACAACCACAAAAUACACCGAAUUUAAGCGGGACAAAGCUGAAGUACAUAACAAGCCAUCGGCAAAUAAUAAGAAAGCGCAAAAAUUCGAACAAACACAACAAAAAUUAAAUCCUCAAAAUACAACUUUUGUAAAAUUCAAUGAAUUUAGUGAAUUCGCCAAAAUUAAACCUCAACAACCACAACCAUUCCAACCUCAACCGCCAGCCAAAACGUUUGAAGCUCCUGCUAAAACAAGUGCAGAACCACAAUACUAUCGCUCUCGUGGCCAACCACAAGCACGUGCAAACAACCAACAACCAGAACCUUUCCGGGCACCACAGAGGCAAUCUGUUAAGCCCACCGAAAAGGUUAAAGAGAAGCCUACUAUAGCAGUUAAAGCUGAUGCCAAACCAAGAGGAUUUGUCAGCCGAGGCAGUAUUAACUAUAAAGCCACCACCCUACGUGAUACUGAUACUUAUCCAACGACCACCAGCAACAGUCACAAAAAGUUCUCCACCUUAGUACCCAAGGACAAAUAUGCACCUACCACAUUUAAGCCGUCCACAUAUAAGAAGCCGUACGAUAACAAUUUUUAUCAAAGUCAACAGACCAUAAGACCCUCAAAUCCACCACAAAAAUCCCAGGCAACAUCCACUUCGACCACACUUUAUACUACACCUAAUCCAUAUUACAAUGCCGACGAGGAUGAUGGUCAAUAUCAUCCAGAAUUAUAUGAAAUUGAUUAUUCCAGAAAUAAUUUUAAUCGGCAAAGACAGACCAGCAGCCCUACCAUAACCUCUACUACCAGCACCAGCACAACUACACAAAAACCAUUUAAGCAAAAUUAUCAAAAUCCAGUCAAUCAUUUGAAGAGCCAACAGCAGACUUCCUACGUAAAAGAACAAACUGCUGUCGCUGAUUUCAGCGAGGAAGAUGAACUUUUCAAAACAGCUCAGUCAUUGAAUUUUGGAGCAGCCAGCAUUAACAAAUUACGAGCCGACAUUUUCAAAGCGGAGAAAACCUCCCAACAAUACAAUUCACAAUAUAAUCCACACAAUUCCAUAACUAGUCCAAAGACAACAACCCCUACUACACCAUUUACAACAACCACAUCAUAUUUCACCUAUCCCUUGUAUUCCACCACAACACAAACUACAUCACGUCCAACAACAUACAUAGUUCCGUCCACAACCUCUACCACAAUCACCACUACGACCACAAGACGGCCAACUACAACCACCAUCGCAACAAAAUACACCACAGCUUAUCCGUUUAAUGUUACAAAAAGUGGUAAACAUUCGGAUAAGUUGGAGAAGAAAUUGAAAAAGAAUGAAAAUAAAAAUAAGAAAAAGACUUCAAAGAGGCCAGCACAUGCCAAUGAAGACACCAGUUACGAUUAUGCCUACUACGAUUCCGAUACUUUGAGUGAAACGCCACAAGAAUAUCCCGAAUAUGAAAUACAAGAGUUCACUAAAACUAAACGAAAUUAGAGGGAAAAAGAGAAGAAUCAGUAGUACUACUAAUAAAUAGCCCAUAACAUAACAAUUUAUUGACACUAAAACACAAAUCGGUCAUUGUCGUCAUAACAUAAUAGUACAUAUUUCUAUAAAAACAUUCAGAUUUUAAAACUUAAUAAAAAAACUACGCCUAGAUUCUGGAAAUUGCUGGGACUUAAUUUGUAUAGAAUUAGCCAAGCACAUACCUUAAAAAAUAUUUGCGAAAUAGACAACAUUUCGGUAUAAUUAAUUUUAGUAUUAACGUUAUUUUUUUUAUUCUAAAGUAUGACAAUGACCAUUUUUGUUAUCACAUACACAAACCAUUUCCAGUUAAGUACAGACAUCUGUGUAUGAUCCAUUUUUAAACCUUAUUAUUUAGUAAGUUUUUAUUUUCUUUAGUUAAUCCGCUAAAACCAUAAUUUCAAUUCCGUUUUGUAGGUGCCAAUUUUGUCUGAAAGCUAUUUGCUUUUUAUUUAACUUAUUUUUAUUGCUCAAAUCAUGCCUUAUGCUAUUUCACCUCCAGCCUUCAAUCAGCAAUAACUGAAAUAAUCACCUCCAUAACAUUUUAAACAAAAAUGAAGAUUAAAAUAUGUAUUUCUAGUUAUUUAAUUUGAAAAAAGGAAACAUUAAUGUUUUUAUUUAGUCGUUAGACAAUUAUUAAUUUUAAAAUGAAAAUAUCUAAUUAAAAGAAUUGUGAAACUCACUCACCUUCGAAUAGAGAUGGGUAUUUCUUUAAUUUUCGAUUUCGGUGUAUUUGAAAAUUGAUUUUUUUUUGAUAUAGUAGUUUAUAUUUAAUGUAUACGCAUAUCAUACGAGUAUAAAAAAAGAAAAUGUUGUAUUAUUUUUUUAUUUUGAAAUUAAAAUUUCCUUAAAUUUUAAGUAUAUUUUUUUGUAUUUUGUAAAUAAAUAUAAUGAUUAAGAAAUAAUUUUUGAUAAAUAAAAGAAUUUAAAUAAAA